CACGCAUCUAUCGAACGUACGCGGCAACGUUACGUUAGACGUUGCGGGACCGCAGCACGUACUGUGGUACCACUUUGUAACAUACAAUCGGGACGAUCUGCGAUUUCACUCUUUAGGCCUUCCUUCCUUUGUGCGUGGCGAAUCUUAUAUUACGCAGACAUUCGUCUCCGAGGAAAAGUUGCCGGUUGCUCGCACUCUGUGCACGAUAUCUCGAUUAAUUUUCAACGACGACAUACGCUCGUAUUUCGCUGUAUUACACCAGACUAUCGUUCGAGAUCCCUUCGUGACUAACCUUGCGGAAUGCACUUGGCGUCCAGCGAGACAUAAUUGCGAGUCUCUCAUUGUCAUCGAGACGUUCUUGCUCGAUAGGAUGCCGCCAAGACGAGCAGAAGAUGUGCCUAUGAAGAGAAUGGCAGCUGCAGGUUGUAAAUUACCAGCGCAACUGCCAGCAGGAGAAAUCUUGACGGAUAUUACACAGAAUAAAUGGAGAUUAGGGAAUACCAUUGGAUAUGGUGGUUUUGGAGACAUAUAUCUCGCCUCUAAUGACAUUACAUCACCUGUUGGUCAAGAUGCAAAGUAUGUUGUAAAGAUUGAACCUCAUAAUAAUGGGCCAUUAUUUGUCGAAAUGAAUUUUUAUAUAAGAGCAGCACGGAAGCACAUGAUCAAAAGUUGGUGCGAAUCUCAGGGAAAGAAAAGAAUUGGUGUACCUACAUAUGAAGGAUCAGGAUCUCAUUUUUACGGAGGUCAACGAUACAGGUUUUUAGUAAUACCUCGUUAUGGCGUGGAUAUCGGAAAAUUAUUUCUGUCGCAUAGAAAGAAAUUACCAACAAGACUUGUUAAUACGUUAGCUGUACAAAUGCUUGAUGCAUUGGAAUAUAUUCACAGUAAAGGAUAUGCUCAUGCAGAUAUUAAGGGACCAAAUAUCUUGUUAUCAUAUGGGAACGAAAUAGGAAAGGAAAAGUCGAUGGCGUACUUAGUGGAUUACGGAUUGGCAUAUCGUUUCCGUACAGGAACUGGUGAACAUAAACCAUUUGUACAUGAUGAGAGAAGAGCUCACGAGGGUACUUUAGAAUUUACAUCGCGGGACGCUCAUCAUGGAACACAUUCAAGGAGAGGAGACUUAGAGACUUUAGGUUAUAACAUUAUACAAUGGUUGUGUGGAAAGCUACCUUGGGAGAAAGGUAGUGAUGAGAUAGGUUUUACUAUGAAUCCCGAAGAAGUUCAUCAACAAAAAGAGAUUCUUUUAUCAGACUUACCUCUAUUUAUGGACAAGUGCUUUCCUGACAAGAAAAAACCACCAGCUGCGAUCAUGAAAUAUAUGAAGUGCAUUACCGAACUAGAAUUUGAGACCAAGCCCAACUAUUCCUAUUUACGGAAUUUAUUUCUACGUAGUGGCAGUCAAGAUGGCAAUAUUCCCAUAUGUCUCUAUAACAUGAAAGAGUCAAAUGAAAAUCUUACAAGCUCUAUAUUUUUUGAGCGUCCAUAUUUAAGAGAAAGAAAACCUUGUAGACCUGUAAACGGCGAGAUACGAAUAACACGAAAUACCCAGCCUAAGCAACCAGUUCAGAAAAAAGAAUUUAGUUGGGAAGCAGUAUUAGCAUUACAUCCAGAUAAACUUGCAAAAAUCAGUACUCAAUUGCCACCUUCACCUCUCACACCGCCUCUUACACCACCAUCGUCCACAUCUCCGCGGCCACCAUCUCUGCCGACGUACGCAAUGUUAGAAGUACUUCGUAAAAUGAAGGAGAGGCAAUCAUUUUCAUUUAGGCAUAAAGCAAUACCGAAAUCAUCGGAUAAUGAACUCAAACCAAAAUGGAUGACACCCGCAAUGGAAGAAGUUGCGCGAUUAAGAAAAAAAAUCACUGAGACGUCCAUUUCUGUAUCCGACUCCCAAAAUAGUCCACGCGUGACACGUUCACGUGUGGCAAAGAGACAACGAUCUGGUGCUCAGCAGCAACAUAAAGAAAUAAAGGAUGAUUCGACCAAUAGCAAGGUUACACAUAAAAGAAGGAAAGUUUCAUCUUCUUAAAGAAAGUUGGGUCCUAUUAAGAAACACGGUAGUGUCUCGCGCCAAGUAUAUUGCGCCCGUAUUGGGCGCAGGAGAUACUACAAUGCAUCUUUACUCGAACGUCAAAUUGACCGAAAUUAGUAUUACAAAGACCUCUGACAAUGAUGAUCGGCAUUCACAGCAAACAUUAAGUAUUAUUUGAUAAAAUCUCAUCCAUUAAUGAUGUUAUAGACACACAUCGCGCCAAUUUAUUUAAGACUGCUUCAUUAUUGUAUUAUUUGCUCUUUGAUAACUUUAUCUGGUACAUAUAGGAUUUCUAAAUAGUUGUAUAGCGAACAAAAUAGUGGUGAUUAAUG